AUGGAGCAACAAGCACAAGUUGAAAAAAUUCCGCCCACCACUCUCUUGACCUUACCACCGGAAAUCUUGUCUCAAAUCUUCUCGUGCCUUGUCGACGAGACAGAGGGCAAACCAGACAUCCAAGCGAUCUUGAAAACUUGCAAGCAUCUAUAUGAGAUUGCCCUUCCAAUCUCCGUCAGUGUCUUUCGGAACACUGUACACAGCUACAGUGGCUCGAGCUCAUGCUCUCGUGUCCGUAACAUUCGUUUUUUGCGAUACAUUCUCGUUAGCAAGCCUUGGCUGGCUAAGCAUGUCAAAACCGUCAUCAUAGGAAGGUGUUCUGUUUACGACGACAAAUACCUCGGUUUUAAUCAACGAGGAGAAGGGCACGACGCAGUGACAAGCGACGAACUCGCCGUCUAUAGGCACAACAUCGAGUUUUUCCUAGGCCAGCUGCCUUCCGGUUAUACCCAAUCAUGGUACAAGCAGUGGUUGACAGAUCUCAGGAGUGGUACCUCGGAUUCUCAGUUCGCUUUGAUCUUACUCUCCUGCCCAAACAUUCGGACAAUUCUCUAUGUGGAACCGGAGGGCACAAGACAUUUUGGUCAAUUGAUCCGUUUUAUUCGCAAUCUCGUCGGGAUCAACAGGUCUAUCCAGACCCCAGGAUCUGAAUGGGGUGAUGGAAACCACCCUCCAAUGGCCAUUCCUCUCUCCAAUGUCCGAGAUGUUUUCCAUGAGACGCCCAACUAUAAGAAUGGCUACAAGACCUUUUAUCUUGAGGCCCCAGACAUCCUGGCGUUUCCACGAAUCCGUUUUUACGAGUGCAUCCUGGCCAAUGGAGAUAGUAUCGCAGCAACAAUGUUCAAGACCCUGCCACUCAGAUCCUCUUCAGUGGAAGAGAUAGUUUUACAUUGUUCGUACCUCUGCCCAGACGCACUCGCGGGUAUGUUGGGCGCUUGUAAAGCGUUGAAGAAGUUCGAAUUUACCUACGGUAGGCUUGAGGUGUCUCCUGAUCUCAUGACGCCUCGAGACAUCUUCGAAGCUCUCCUGCCCCAUGCUGAUACACUGGAAGAACUUUACAUACACUUGGAGGAGAAUGGCGACAAAGAUUGGGAGUGGGUUGAGUACCCUAGCAAACUGUACCUGGGGCCGGGGCUUCCCCAGCUGCGCAACCUGAAGAAGCUUACUGUAGGGAUGCAAGCCCUCACUGGAAUGCUCGCUUUCCAACCCGAGACUCACGAUGAGGAUGAUCAGAUGCCAAUGGAAAUUGAAGGGGCAGCCAGAAUCAUUCAUUGCCUUCCAGAGAACCUGGAGAAUCUCUUGGUUCGUGAUUGUGGGGUCGCAAUAUUGGACCAAGUGGAAGAGCUACUCGCGGCCAUUGAACGAGGUGGCCGCUUCGGAAAACUCACUGAUAUUCGACUAAUCUUCAAUGCCUGGAAAAUGGACAUGGAAGUCGAUGGCCCAGAAAUCGAAAGGUUGAACAGCAAUUCCGCCAAUGUACGGCUCGAUGUAGUUCUUCAGAACGAUCUGGGAUACGUCUACGACCUUGGAUUUUGCAUUACCGAAGAUGAUGAUUACGCAAUUGAGAGAAACAUCAUGUCACGAAUUAACUCGCGGCAUGUCCGAGAUGAGUAUCUGGAGUCUCGAGGGAAGGUCAGUGAUGUGGAUGAGAUCCCACCGUAUCUUCUUGACUGA